CUAUUUAAUAUUUAAUAAAUAAUUCAAUACAUGGAUACAUUUGAAUCACAGUUCACUGCUUAUGCAAAAUAUAGUAAUACCAAAUCCGACGGUAGAUAUAUCUCUCUAUCACAAAGUAAUAAAUGGAUGAGGCAGGCAAACAUAUUUACUGAUAAACUCACUCAAGCUGAUACUGAAAUACAUUUUAAUAAUCUACAUCGAGAAGCACUUAAUAUAGAAGACUAUAAGAAAUUCAUAAAUAACUUAGCAAAAGCAAAAAGAUUGGACCCUCUUGUAAUUCAAGCAAAAAUGACAAAAUGUGGUCCACCCAUUGAAGAUCGAUCGAGAAUAGAGUCGGUUGUUUUGCAAAAGAUAGACGAUCCAUCUGGAUAUAUUUAAUUUAUUAAGAUAAAAAAAUGUAUAAGUAAAAGAAAAUAUUGUAACAGAACAUCGCAUUACUGGCAAGAGAAGAAGGUAACAAAGUAUAUACAAUUAUAUCAUUAUUAUGAUUGUUGUCAAUUGAUAAAUUAAAGGGGAUAUCAAAUUUAAUAAUUUUUUUUUCUUCGACGUUCUUGAAUUAUUUGUUUUCUAUUUAGUGC